AUGAGUGUGUUUGGGAAGAUAUUUGGUAGUGGUAGAAAGCAACAAGCACCAUCAGCAACCCCCCAAGAAUCUAUACAGAAAUUGCGGGAAACCGAGGAAAUGCUGGUGAAAAAGCAAGAGUUUUUAGAAAAGAAAAUAGAAGCUGAAAUUGCAUCGGCAAGAAAACAUGGAACGAAAAAUAAGCGCUUGGCUUUGCACGCCCUGAAACGAAAGAAACAGUUUGAGAAGCAGUUGCAGCAUAUUGAUGGUGUUCUUUCAACGAUCGAGUUCCAACGAGAAGCUUUAGAAAAUGCAUCAACGAAUGCUGAAGUGUUACAAGUAAUGGGUUCUGCUGCAAAGGCCCUUAAAACAGCACAUAACGAUAUGGAUGUACACGAUUUAAUGGAAGAUAUUGCGGAGCAACAAGAAGUUGCUAAUGAAAUUGCUGAAGCAAUUAGUAAUCCAGUUGGUUUUGGUCAAGAUGUCGAUGAAGACGAAUUGCUCAAGGAACUGGAGGAAUUGGAACAGGAAGAGCUUGAUAAGCAACUUCUCGAUGUUGGACCGACACCAGCAUCUGUAUCAGCUUUACCUGAAGCCCCAACUGCUGAAUUUCCAGUAUCCGGAAAGAAAAUUACUGCUAAAAAACAACAAGAGGAUGAUGACUUAGCCGAAUUAGAAGCUUGGGCAAAUGCUUGA